AUGAAAGAACUUUUUUCCGGCGGCGCUGGCAUCCUUGUAGGACAUCCUCUGGACACAGUAAAAACUCGGCUGCAGACGAUUCAGGGCUACACUGGCAUGUUGGACUGCAUGAAAAAGACAGUGAGACAGGAGUCGGUCAGCCUUUCAGCUUCGAAAUUCAAGCUUACCGAGCUGUUCAGCUGUUCGGCCUGUACAAGGGCAUGUUCAUGCCGGUGAUGUCGGCCGGCGUCAUUCACUCGCUUCUUUUCGCCGGCUACGGAAUCGCUCUCCGGCAGCUUCACAAAAACGAAAGCAACGUCGAAGCGCGCAAAGAUUUGCCCAUGCUCGAGGUUUGUCAGUAUUCGAAUUCACGCAGGGAUCUCUUAUGGUCGUUUUCACCUUUGACGCCAUCAAAACUACUACCCGAAUUCUCUGAAGGAAGUUUAUAAAAGAGUUUUGAUUUCAACCAGAGCAAUAGCUUAUUUCUUUAAUAAAAAAGGGAAAAAAAAGUUGAAAUGCAUUUCUGGACUCACUUUUUAUCCCCCAUGCAGAUUUUGCUUUUCAUAUAUUUUUAUUUACAGAUCCUCUUCGCCUCCACUUGUGGCACACUCCUACAAGUCGCACCAGUUGUGCCCAUCGAGUUGGUCAAAACUAAGCUUCAGGUGAGCCUUGUCUAUAAGAAUCGCUGGAAAAGACAAGUUUGAGGUUCAACGCGAAAAUGUCUCUCACUUCGUGGCACACUCGAAGAAUCUGUAUGCGGGACCGUGGGAAUGCAUCAGAGACACCGUCCGACAUGAAGGCGUCAAAGGCCUCUUCAAGGUUCCUUUCGAAACUGUUUUUUAUCAGUGACUUUGAAAACAACUCACAAAGGAGGUCAUUUUAGUGUUACAUUUCACAUUUUCUAUAUAUUUGCCAAAACACCCAUAAUAACUUCCAGAUGUAGAUUCCUGAUGGCUGUGGAAGAUUUUUUUUGGAGAUAUGAUUUUCAAAAAUAUUGAUCAAAGUCUUGAUAUUGUGAUGAAUAAACCAUUCGGAAAAUCUCAUUUCAAAAUUAACCGAGAAAAGUUUAUGAGAAGUUUUCCAUCUCGACGUUCAAAGAUUGUUCGGAGACGUUUUGAGACAAUUCCAAACUCAACUCUAAUUUGACAUCUUGUUACUUUUCGUUCCAGGGUGGUUCGGUUGUUCUUUCUCGUGACGUCAUCAGCUACAUGUUCUACAUCCCGGUGUAUGAAGGGGUGCUCAGGACGUUCCGAAAAUAUGACCUGGAAGGAACGGCGGCUCACGUCAGUUUUGAGGAUUUCUUUCUCUUUUUUCUCAAGGAAUAACUUUUCUAUCUGUGACAAAGUACCAGACUUCAAAAGUUUUUGACGAUUUUUUCUAUUGAUUUUUAAAUAUUUCUUCUGAUGUUGCUUUGAAAACAUAUGAUUAUUAUCAUAAAUGAUCUGCUGUCGAGAAAAAUCGGUAUGUUGGAAAGUAGACUUAAUCGCCAUAAAAGAGCAGUUUUUGAUCACAAAAAAAGACUUUCUUGCAGUUGCUGGCAGGAGGAAUCGCCGGUGUCUUCGCUUGGAUCACCGUCUGUCCUUUAGAGGUUCUCAAAUGCCGUAUCCAGUCCGAUAAAUCCCAUCUCCCAAUGUGAGCUCGAGAGCUUCAUAUAUGAAAACCCUUAUGUUCCAAUCACGAUCUCGAUAUUUUUCAGAAAAGCAUCAGCCCUGGCGAAGGAGAUCUAUCGGGCCGAAGGCAUGAAGGCGUUCUUCCGCGGCGCCGUCGCCCUCUGCAUCCGCGGAUUCGUCGUCAACGCGGCGAUUUUCGUCGUCUACGAGAAGACGGUCCAUCACGUCUCCAAACUCUGA